AUGUCGGAGCCUCGACGAGCCGGUUGUAAGCGUGACUUUCGUUUAAUUCUACUUUAUUAUUGUUGUUGUUCGCGGUCGACGUCGUCGUCGUGGUCGCGUUCGACGUUGCCUCGUGUGUGAGUGUGUUGGUGCUGUGAGACUCUGUGUAUGUUUAGUUUAAGCGAAAUUGAAAGUUGUACAUUUUGCUACCCCCAAAAAGCAAAGCGCUGCAUACAAUCGCGCGCAGUCAUACAUACAUACGUGUGUGUGUUUGUGUGUGCUACGCCACGCCACACCAACCAAAAACCAACCCCCACCAACAGGAGUAGCAGCAAUAAUAAUAACAACAACAACGCAAACCAAGUUAGCACCACCCACGGUUGAGAAGCACCGUUUAGUAGUCAUCGUCAUCGUCUGUUUCUGUUUCUCCUUCUGCUCCUGCUUCUAUACUUCGAUCGUAUUUCAGUUACUCAGGCUCAACGCAUCGUUAAUGUUACAGUUACAAUUACUGCUAGUGUUGGUUAGUGCAAAUUGAAAUAACCAAAAUAAUCGAAAAAGCGAAAGUGUUACACAAGCCCCAAAAGCUCCAUCGAAGAGUCGCUUCUCCAAAAACCAAUCGGCAAUUCACACAGGCUCCUUCUGCCUUGCCUGUGUGUGUGUGUGCGCGAUUGUUUGUUUACGCGAGAGCGAGCGUGCCUGUGUGUGUGGCCUGUGUGUAUGGUGAGGCCAGUUAAUAUUAUAAAACUGUCAUGAUGAAUUUCUCCGCGUUUGGCGGCCCCUUCUCUGGCAUUCAUCAGUUUGCCGCUAAAUUUGAUGCACAAACACCGGGUGCAUUUGGAACGCCACCGGUGAACGCUGCUGCCGCUGCAGCGGGAUCCGAUAAUCAUGUGCAGCGCUAUCAGACCAAUGGCAAUCAUUUCAAUCAGAAUGUGCCCAACGUUUCGGCGGCCAAUAAUAUGCAAUAUGGUCAAAAUAUAUCCAUACCGUAUUCACAGCCGCAGAGUGAUCUAAACUUUUUGAAUGCGGCCGCUGCAGCGGAUCAUAAGGGUAAAAUCCAUCCAAAAAUUGAACGUGACCGGGAAGAAGUGCUCAAUCAGCAAAUCUUACAGAAUGUCAAUCAGUCGUGGCAGACGCUGGCCAAUACAGCCAACACUGUCGACUAUUCAUCGCAUUUGCUAUCCGCAACACUGCCAAUAUCCAUACAGCACUUCCUCAAGUACUCGGAAACAAUAAAGAAGGAAUCCUCGGGUGAUGUCCUUAAGAAUGGCACCAAUUUGGCCAGCCUGGCGCUGGGUGGUGUCGCAUUAACGCCUAGCAACAAUGGUGCCAAUGGUGGUGCCCAUCACAAUGGUGGUUUAGUUGGCAUGGAACAUGGCGGACAUAUGACCAACAUGACGGAUGCGAAUGGCGCUGCAUUGGCUAAUGGCGGUGCCACCAAUGGCGUCAAUGGCAAUGCAAAUGGUGCGGUUAGCAAUGGAGCCGCUGUAUCCAGCACUGCAGCAGUGGGCACCACAAAUGCCACAGGUGGCACCACCACCACCACCACCGGCAAGAAAACCAAAAAGAAGAAACCCCCAAAGGAGAAGAAGCCACGUCCCAAGCCCGGCGAAAUACGCGAAACGAAAGCGUUAGAUGGCUCCACGCUCUAUUGCUGCCCCGAAUGCCAGAUGGCCUAUCCAGAUCGCAGUCUCAUCGAGCAGCACGUCAUCUCGCAUGCCGUGGAGCGACGCUUCGUCUGCGAUAUCUGCAAUGCGGCACUCAAGCGCAAGGAUCACUUGACCAGGCACAAGCUAUCUCACAUACCGGACAGGCCGCAUGUGUGCAAUAUCUGCAUGAAGUCAUUUAAACGCAAGGAACAGCUCACCUUGCACAUUGUCAUACACUCGGGUGAGAAGAAGCACGUCUGCAUCGAGUGUGGAAAAGGUUUCUAUCGCAAGGAUCACUUGCGCAAACACACGCGUUCGCAUAUCGCUCGUCGUGUUAAAUCGGAGGUCUCAGCCCAGCAUGUGAAUGGUUCAACUGGCAACAAUGCGCAGAAUAAUUCGCUACAUGGUUCCUGAGGUUCGUACAAGGACUUUUGGUAAAUUCUUAAACACAUUUCAUGCCACAAAGAGCGGCAAAGCUUUUGGCAGCAGUUCGCAGACAACCAGUGUUGCGAAGUGUUGGUAAAAGCAAAGAUCGCUUUUGAAAUGUGUUAAGGAGUUUACCGAAGGUCCUGCUGAGCGUCACCCCAAAUCCAAUAACCCUCUGAAAAACAAAACAAGUUAUACUUACAAACCACAAUAUGCAAGUAUUAGUUAAAUUUUGUUUACAACACUUUCAGUUCUUUAGCUUUGGUUCUUUCAGUUCAAGUUUUCGCACAAAAAAGUUAAGCAAAGUAUAGCAAUUUAAAUGUACAAAACAAAACAAAACAAAAAAAAAAUUAAAAUGAGGAUUAUAAAUUUUAAAAUAUGAAAUAUGCGCAUACAUUAACUAAAGAACAUAGUUUGCUAUCAUUUCUUUAUGAGGAUCUGUGAUCUUUGCUGCAUAAACUUAAAAGAAAGAAAUGGAAAUGAGAGAAACUUAAGCUUUUAAGUGUAAGCUAAUAAUUUUUAAAGAAUUUAUGUGCAAUUUGUUUUUACACAUUAUCAUUUGCAUAUUCUGUUGUUCAGACAGCUUUUGUUUAUUGAUCAACUUAAAUAAAUGUACCUAGAAUAAGUUAAAAAAUUCAUUUGAGAAAUUCAAUUUGAUGCGCAUAUUUGAUAAUUAAAAUUUUAUUGAAUUGUGAAGGGUGUAUACAUAUACUUCUAGUCUUAUACUUUAUUUGAUCAAUUAUGAAUGAGUAAUUUGAGAUAAUCAGCCCUGUUGCGGUUUCCACUUUAGCAUCAAUGUUGCAAAAACUGUUUAAAGUACACAUUUAGGUAAAUUUAUGCCUAGGGUAUUUCAGCAAAUUAGAUCCAAAAGUGGAAGUCGUAACUAGCCUGAAUGUCAUUUAAUCUUAAGCUUUUAAAGAUUAAAAAAAACCCACUUCGAAGUGAGCAAACACUAACAGAUAAAUGCAAUCCAAGCUUGCGUCUUUGCAUGCCCAACUUCCAGUCGUCGUUUAGAUCAAAACUACCUAUCCAUAAACAGCAAACAAAAAUUACUACAAUAUACCAUAUAAUACUCUAUAGCUAUAGCCAACUUACCAUGCUUACCAAAAAAAAAAAAAAAAAACAAAAUAAGAACAAUACAACAAAUAUAUAUACAUCAUAUAGACACUAUACUUGAUAACCAAUCGAAAAGAAAAACAAAAAUAACCGCUGAACAGCUCUAAAUGAAAAUAAAACGCUAACCAAAAACAAUAACUGCAAUAAAACUCAAUAAACAAAAGGAAUAUUUUUUAUAUAAAUGCAAAAGGAAACAGACUUAUACCAAAAAAAAAAAAAACAUAAAGAGUAAUACAAAAAUGCGAAAUGCAAGAAUAUUAAAUGAAAUGAUGAAUGAAAGGCAUAAAACAAUAACCGAAAUAAAGUGCAAACACUUCGUGCAAGUGAAAUCGUAAUUUACUGUUCAAAUACAUAGCAUUUUUUGAGAUUAACGAUAAAAAUAAAGGUGUAAACAAUACCAAUAUACGUUUUAUCAUAUGUACCAGCAUACAUAUUUACAUAUAGAUAUACGAAAGCUUCAAACUAAUAUACAAUACAUAAAUACAAAUAGUUGUAAUGGUUUGUGUUAUCCUUUUAUCCAUUUCCUUUUAUUAAUUGUCACACAAAUGAUCGCUGGUCACAAAGUUAGUUAAAUUAAUUUCGUGACCAUUGAAUCAUUAUAUAAAUGCAGAUUUUGUUUUGCGUUUUGCUUUCGGACCAUACCCUAUAAUUGAUGUAGUGCCCAGUUUUUUUUCUAAAGCAUAGUUAUGUACGUUAUUUGUGUGCAACCGAAAAUCUUAAAUAAGGAUUUAAAGCGAACAGAAAUCGUUGGCAUUAUGCGUUGCUUUGAAUACAGAAAGUAAUUGAAAUACUUAAAGUAAAGUACAAAUACAAAUAACACUCUCAUACACACAUAUACAUUAAAUAAUAAUAAUAAAAAGCAAAGCACCCAGAAUACAAGAAGUAAGCCACAAAAAGUAUUAGCCAAAAGUUACAUAUUAAAUACCAUAGAAAGGAAAGGAAGCUUAAAGUACAGUUACUACAAUUUAGUAUGGCACAUUUUGGAAAACGUUUUCGUAGUUUCCCAAAAUGUGCCGCCGAGUGCCACACAGAGUAGACGGCAACUAUCCAAAGUUGUAACCCCCAAUUAAAUCUAUAAAGUAAUAAGCAACCUUCAAAGCCCACGCAAACUUUUAAAAAAUUCGCAAUUUUUUGUUUAGCGUACGUAUAUAAAUCACAUAAGAGAUUAUAAAACAAUAAGUUUAUAAAGAAAAAAAUUGCAAUAAAUGACAAACAAAGGAAAUUAAAUCACUCAGGGAUGAAGCCUCCAAACAAACAAAACAAAAA